AUGGACCACGAAGCUAAAGAUUUUAUCCGCCAGCGCAUUGAACAUGACCUUGCGCAAGGUGUGCUCCCUGCAGGUGUUGUCACCCGCUUUCCGCCGGAGCCCAAUGGGUAUCUGCACAUAGGUCAUGCGAAAAGCAUCUGUUUGAAUUUUGGUGUUGCCCAGGAAUAUGGUGGCUCAACCUUCCUGCGAUUCGAUGACACCAAUCCAAGCAAAGAAAGUGAUGAGUUUGUGCAGUCCAUCCAGGCAGAUGUCGCGUGGCUGGGGUUUACCUGGUCGACGCUUACCCACGCUUCGGAUUAUUUCGAAGAGCUGUAUAAGUUUGCCACGGACCUGAUUAACGAUGGCAAGGCUUAUGUCGACAGUUCAUCAGCCCAGGAAAUUCGCGAACAGCGCGGCACGCUGACGGAACCCGGACAGAACAGCCCGUUCCGGGAUCGGUCUGUGGCAGAAAACCUGGACCUGUUUGAGCGCAUGCGGGCGGGUGAGUUUGCCGAUGGUGAACAUGUGCUGCGUGCAAAAAUCGAUAUGUCUUCGCCGAAUAUAAACAUGCGUGAUCCGGUGCUCUACCGCAUCCGUCAUGUCCAUCAUCAGCGUACCGGCGAUAAGUGGUGUAUUUACCCGAUGUACGACUUCACUCACUGUAUCAGUGACGCCCUGGAAGGCAUUACGCACUCCCUGUGUACCCUUGAAUUUGCAGACCACCGACCGUUGUAUGACUGGGUUCUGGACAACAGUAACGUCAACUUUCACCCGCCGCAGAUUGAAUUUUCCCGGCUGGGGCUGGAAUACACGGUGAUGAGUAAGCGCCUGUUACAUCGCCUGGUUGAAGAAAAACUUGUUGAUGGCUGGGACGACCCGCGCAUGCCUACCAUUGCCGGGCUGCGCAGGCGUGGCGUAACACCGGCUGCGAUCCGUGAUUUCUGCGCUCGGGUGGGAGUUACCAAGGUGGAUAACAGGGUUGAGAUGAAUCUGCUGGAAUUCUGUAUCCGUAAAGAUCUGGAAGACAGCGCGCGCCGCGGUAUGGGCGUUUUGAAACCGCUGAAAGUAACCCUCACAAACUGGACCGGUGGUGAUGAAAUUCUGCCAGGAAAAUGGCACGGCAAAGACGAAUCGUUGGGUGAGCGGGAUAUGCCUUUUUCGGGCGAGCUGUAUAUCGAGCAGGAUGACUUUGCCAUUGAGCCACCGAAAAAAUGGAAACGGUUGAGUCCCGGUGAGAUGGUGCGUUUGCGGUAUGGGUAUAUUAUUCGUUGUGACGAGCAUGUCUGUGACGACGCAGGUGAAGUUGUGGAGCUGAAAUGCACCUACUUUCCUGACUCCCGCUCCGGUUCGGAUACCAGUGGACUGAAACCUAAAGGUGUUGUUCACUGGGUCUCUGCAGCCCACGCGGUACCGGUGGAAAUUCGCAGCUAUAACAGGCUGUUCCGUGUGCCGGACCCCUCAGCGACAAGUUUCCUUGAAGACAUUAAUCCAGACUCACUGGAAAUUCUGCAGGGGUUUGUUGAGCCGGCGAUUGUGGCGCACGAAGACACCCACUUUCAGUUUGAAAGGCAGGGCUAUUUCUGCAAAGACUCAAAAUUACCCGGGGUCACCAUCAUGGAAGUCAGCCCCCGAGAUGGCUUGCAGAAUGAAGAUGCUUUGAUCACUACCGAACAGAAGCUUCGACUGAUUGAUUACGCCCUGGAUGCCGGGUGUAAGCGCAUCGAGGUAACCAGCUUUGUGCACCCUGAACGUGUGCCUCAAAUGGCAGAUGCCGAAGCGGUCUGUGCAGGUCUGCCACAGCGGGGUGAUGUGACCUACACCGGCCUGAUUCUGAAUGAACGCGGCUAUGAGCGUUUGCGGGCCACCCAGCGACUUAACGAAGCGGGUUUGGUGGUGCCAGCCACAGACGUGUUUGGAUUACGCAAUCAAGGUCUGGAUGUCGCUGAUGCAUUGACCAUGGCUAAGAAAGUCAUCAGCCAUGGCGCUAACAACGGUUUUCCAGUGCAGGUCACCAUAGCGGUGGCUUUCGGGUGUCCGUUCAGUGGUGAUGUGCAGGCCCAGGCUGUAGUCGACAUUGCCCAGGCGCUGGCAGAAGCUGCGCCGGUAGAGAUUGCGCUUGCGGAUACCAUUGGUGUCGCCGUACCCAUGCAGGUGUUUGAUCUGUUCAGCGCGUUGCGUGAACGCCUAGGUCCCGAUAUGCCUUUGCGUGCGCAUUUCCACGACACGCGCAACACGGGCAUCGCCAACGCGUUUGCUGCUCUGCAGGCGGGGGUGAAUACCCUGGAUGCCAGUAUUGGCGGUAUCGGUGGCUGCCCGUUUGCACCCAACGCUUCGGGCAAUGUGGCCACUGAAGAUCUGGUCUACAUGCUGAACCGGUCAGGUGUGGCCCAUGGAGUCGAUCUUGAGAAAUUGAUACAGGGUGCCCAGUGGUUGGGGCCAGCGCUCAACAAAACCCUGCCUUCGUCCCUGCUCAAGGCGGGUAAUUUUCCUGCCUCUGACGGCGCUGAAUAA